UUUUCGCACGCUAGCAGCGCUGGCAUAGAGAAAGUUGGCGGCAAGUCACAGCAUGUGAAAAGCGCGCGCGCGUGGUGUGCGCACACGUUCGUAGAAAGUCUUGUUUUGUAUUGUCAUCUGUGUCAGUUGCGUUUGAGUCAACGAUGACUACCGUGACGACGUUCUACGGUGCGUCCACGCGGAUUUCGGCGAGACUCACCCUGAAGCGUUUGCGAAAGGCAGAAGCCGAAGCGGAAGAGUCAACGACCACAAAACCACCAGAGCGGGAUGACAAGGUACACUCUGCCAAGAAGAAGAAGAAGCAGCGUGCAGAUGAAAAUGAGGCUGGAGGGGAACCGACAGUUAAGCAGGAAAAGGAGGAGUCUUACCGAUCAGUCAUUCAGAAGAACAUCGCAGAAAAAAUGGCAUUUUUGGAAUCUCUUGGUGUCGAUGAGUUGAAGGUUUCUCUGGCGCCUCCUCCAGUACAUAUGCCUGCCAAGUCACCACGCUCAGCAAAGAAGCCAAAGCAGGAGGUUGAGCACGUAGGGGCCAGGAAAAGCCUGCGACUGCAGAACAAGCCAGCCGUAGCUGAGAACCUUGGCUCUUUCUACCAGGAGCCGGUUAAAGAGCGCAUUAAACCAGGACCACUGGCCUUCAAGGAGGUUGCUGGGAGCGGUGUCGACGAAGGUGGCAGGUCUUGCCUCUGCGAAGACAUCGUGAAGGAAGAGCUCAGCCAAGUGGCCUUAGAGUCUCUCUCAAGAGAAGCUGAAGAGUUUCUGGACAGAAUGAUGGAUGUGAAUGUCGAUGACAUGGUUGUGCAGAAAGUGGUGUCAGCUCGCAUCACGGCCAUGGCUGUCCACCCAUCUCUGACUGCAACUCUUGUCUUUGCUGGCGACAAACUGGGAAAUUUCGGAUUUCUGAAGGUGGGCACAGGUGAAAAUGUGGUUGAGACGUACACUCCACACGAUUCUGGCCUGAUGUGCCUGCGGAUCCGUCCCGAAGAGCCACAGAAAAUUUACUCCGCAAGCUACGACGACACCUUGCGGUGUGCAGACAUAGAGCGAGGCAUUUUCGACGAGUUGUACCGCACUGACCCUGAUGUCGGUGUGAUGUAUGUUGACUGGCUGCUGGACAACACAAUGAUCGCAGCACACGGCAAUGGCCAAGUUUCUUUUCUGGACCCCAGAUCGCAAGAGAAAAAAACUGGCAUAUACCAACUGCACAAUCGAAAAGUGAGGACCAUCAAUGCCCACCCAACAAACAGCUGGUGGUUCCUGACGGGCAGCACGGAUACGAUGGUUAAACUUUGGGACUCCCGAAUGAUGUCCAAAAGAAGCCCCGUGCCCCUCGGCGCGCUGACGCACAACCGUUCCUGUUCUGCGGCGUUCCUCUCGCCUGUCGAAGGAAACAAAGUCCUCUCAACGUCAUUUGACGACACACUCAGAAUAUGCAACAUCAAUCAGGCUACCGGAGACAUGAAGCAGCAAAUCACGCUCAAGCACAACAACAUGACCGGGAGGUGGCUGUCGCCAUUCAGGGCGGUGUGGGUUCCCGGCUGCGACGAGCUCUUCCUCGUUGGCAGCAUGGAAUACCCGCGGCGCAUCGAGGUCUACUCGAGCAGCGGCUCGCUCCUAUAUAAGUUCACGGGCGAAAGCCUGGCCUCAGUCUGCUCGAUCGUCGAGGUCCACCCCGAACGCCUAGUCAUCGCGGGUGGCAACUCCAGCGGCAAGCUGCACGUCCUCAUCGAGCCGUAGGUCGGGAAAGCAUCGCCGCUCUGAACUAAGAACCGCUGCUGUAUAGCGUCAGCAAACCGAAAUCGCACGAGCUGCUGUGCGCUCGACGCCAAAGUUAAAAGCGUGCCUCCUCGGCUCUCGAAACACAGAAACCGCAUUCCAGUCAAAGCGGCAGAAACAAGGCACGUGCAAAGGACAUGACAAGUCCUGUUCUGUUUUGUUCAUGCUGUCCUUUACACCAAUGUCAUAUGGCCUGUCCUUGUCUCCUUCCAAGGACCUUAUGCUUGUCACCCUGCUUUUUAUACGACGUGAACCAAGUCGCCCUUCAAAAAAAAUUUUUAAAAAGGAAUUUUUUUUUUGUUUUUUUGCAUCAGCUUUGUUUCCACUGUUGUGAACCAGAUCGGACUGUUGCUUGCUUGUGUAGAUCACUGGCAAGUCCAGAACACACUUGUAAAUUCCAUUCCGGAAUCUUUUGAAUGGCGGCUGUAUAUAUGAACAUGAAGGCAGUACACAGUUGUAACUACUUUAUGCGUUUUUAUUUUGAAGUUUUUAUGUUUUUGUUGCAUUCCCACAGUGAAAGCGUCUCUAGACGCAUCUUGUAAAGGUCUCUUUCUCUACUGCGAGACGCAAGGCAAGACGGAAGUGCUGCGAACAGAAAUUCUUGCAGUGUAUGAUAGAUGCUUUUUAUUGUAUAAAAUGACCCUGCUCGUGGCUUUGAGAAAGUGAAUAAAUAUGUUGCCAGCGGAUAAAGGAACUCGCUGUCUAUCUCUCU